UUUCAACUGGUCAAAAUGUCUUGGUAAACAACAUCAGAGUUGUCAGCCAGUUUCAACACUCUCGCCGACACUCCGGCAGAUGGACAACAUCUAUCAUCGGGAUCAUGUCCGGACUGAGAGUCCCGAUGUCGACGAGCUGACACAGUUCAUUCGCAACAACUACAUCAUUGGCCUGGCCUUCAUCCUCUUCACUCUGAUUUUGUGGCUAAUCUUUGCGGCGAGCAAGUGGCAUCCGCACAAAGGCUUGCCCUUUCCAAUCUACUUCUUGGUGAUCACGGUCUUUCUGGUGAUGGUGACCCUUAACUGCAUACCCAAGAUGGCAACCUGCUCGCCCUGCAAGUGGAUAUUGGCGGUGAUCAUUGUGCUCUGUACCACAAUUGCCGGCUGUGUGAUUAUCGACGAAGUGGGUGCGCUUAACGCGUUCAUUGUGAUUGUGUGCGUGACUGUCGUCAUUAUUGUGCUCAAUUUCUCGGGCUCCAAGUGCCCGCAGGACUUCCUGCCCGGCGGCGUCUGCUCCACGAUGCUGAUGAUACUACUGCUACUGCUGCUGAUCUGUGUGGGAAUUGCUCAGCUGACUCUUAAAAGCCGAGAGCUGCUGCACACCUUCGUUAGCAUCCUGUUCAUAAUGGUGGUCAUUGCGAUUCUCAUCCAGGCGCAGUUCAAUCACGGCCGCCUAACCGUUGUGGAGGUGUCUCCACCGGAACAUCAGAUCAUCUGCGCUCUGACAAUCUAUCUGCACACCAUGAUGUUCUUGUUCUGCAUCUGCUACUUCAUCCAGGCGGAAACUAUUCGGCAGCGUGAAAUCAGUACCACGCCAGAAGACAAUGGUUUUUAUACUAGGAAUUUGUAAAAAGAGGUAUAUUGAAAGUCACCAAAAUAUAAGCAAGCAUCAGCUCUGUUGAUGAUAUUGUCAAAAUUUUCAGGUAUUACUAGUUAUAAAAUUCCAAAUCAA